AAAUAUACUUGUGGAUUAACGAAUAUUGUUAACACAACUCGCGUGCCGAAGCGAUUAGAUAAAUAGAAUUGGUUCGGUGCCAAAGCUUCGGCUAAGUCCGACAUUUGAGUAUACACAUGUUGCCUAGUCGUAAACCUGUAUCGCUCAGUAAUAGACCGACACUUGACGCAGUUGUUUCUAUAUUUUGUUCCCUGCUUGACCGAUAAGAAAUCUAUAAUGCGGCAGCAAAAUGGAAGAGUCUGGGGAACGCUCCAUGAAGGAAAAUUUGAAGUGCGUAGUGUCACACAGUCCGAUUUGGAAGAAGCUCUAGAUGUUCUGGAUGGUUCAUUUUUUAUAAAUGAAUCGGUGUGCGUUGCUUGCGAAAUUAAUUUGCCACAAAAUGUUCAAGCCAGACAAGAGCUGCGUGAACUAUGCAAAAUAACAGCCUUAGAUGGAGUCUCUUUGCUGGUCAAGGAGGUAGAAACUGGACGCGUAGUGGCUGUAUCGUUUAACAAGAUCCAAUUCUCCCCACCGCCAGGCGAAGACCACUUCUUUUUGAAAUUCCGCAAUGAGAGCGCCAAAAGUCCGCAAGCCAAGCGCCUGAUGAACUUUAUGAUUGAAGUUGACGAAAAGGUCGAUGUUUGUGCCAUGUACAACAUGGAUUGCUUCUGCGAACUAAUGUUUCUAGCCACCUUGCCCAGCCACGAGCGACUGGGUCUUGGACGAUCCUUAUCCAAGUUUACCAUAGAACUUACUCAGGAGCUUGCUAACGGAAAGGGCCUGGAGGAUAUAGACGAAAAACUACGAUCUCUACGACCGGCAGCUGUUACCGCACUUUGGACUUCCAGUUUCUCCCAAAAGGUUGGAAAAGCUACUGACUUUAAGGUCAUAAACACGGUUCCGUAUUCGGAUUUUGAAUUUAAUGGCAAGCGUUUCGAUGAGCGAAUUAAUCCUUUGCACAAAUUCUGCCAACAUGUUGUAUAUAAAUUUUAAAUCGAAAAAUGAAAGAAAUAAAGUUUUGUA